AUGCGAGAAAAUACCAAGAACUGGGGUGAGGAGUUUGAUAAGAAUUAUCGUAACGUUGUCAUUCAUGAUAUGAUUGGAAAAGUCCGUGAAAUUAUGGAUGAUGAGAAUAACAAGGGUUGCCAAGACUUGAUUGUGUUCGUUCGUGGAGUUUUAGUCGUUAACCAUUCUUUGUCCUGUGAAAAUGCUACGAAUAAUGAUGAAUGUGUGAUUUGCUUUGAAGAGCUUGGAAAGGAAAGGGAGUUGAUGGGCAUGCCUUGCUCACAUGUGUUUCAUGGAGAUUGCAUUACAACUUGGCUAGAGAUUGGCCAUUCUUGCCCCCUUUGCCGAUAUGAUAUUCUAGCUACCUAG